AUGCGACCUAGAGUUAGUUCAGUGGACUCGACAGCAAAAACUCAUGAAGGCGAGUUCAUUGGUCUGCAUUUCAAGGAGAAGAAGCAUGACCGGAAGUGGCAGAUUUUCAAUCUAGCACGUCGGUUGGGUGCAGCUGUAUCUGCAUGCGUUUAUGUCUAUGCUUCGAUGACGGCUACGUGGUGGGCACUUCAUGUGCUCGGUGGUGCGCGAAAUCCUACAGAAACUCUGCGAGUGUUCACGUCGUCGCUCAUCAAAGAUUACGUCGGGGAUGGAUUAAUCAGCAGCAGCUCCCUGGUACUCGAUGUACUUGGAAACGAUACGACACCACGAGACUACGUGUUAUACCUCGAAUCCAGCACGAACACCUCCACAGACGGCUGUAAUGGACUACCUCAUUUUGACACGGCAAUAUACAGCUACGACUUCCUCUCACAAGGAUACGAAGACAUGGUUUCCUCGAUUAAGUACAAUGUCACCACCCUCGCGGAUUUGGAGCUUGUGAUCGUGGUGGUGGAUUGCUCUUUCAGUCAACUCGAGGCAGGGGAUCCAUCCGAAGUACGAGUCUACAAUUUGGUGCGAUCACGUAAUGACAUCAGCAACUUGUACUUGGUGACAGUGUCGCUAUCUGUACAAGAAUACGAGCAGCGCGAUCAUAACAAACACGGACCCGCGGUGCUGGGUAUGCUCACUCUCAUACAUGACAUGCAAGACCAGGAUGUGACUCAAUACUACAUGGCAGCACUGACGUAUCCUUACAAACGGUCUCCAGAUUUUCAAAUGUACGAAGUGGUGGGAAUUACAGACGAAAGCUACCUCUCCUUGCAUAGUAUUCCUCGGGAGCCUGGAACGGAGCCUGUUAAGCACAUACUCACGGCUCGGAAGCGAGGAUUCUAUAAUGGUGACAGCCAGCGCAAUGUCCGUACGAUGUAUUCACUUCUCGAUGGAGUAAAUGCGACGAAUGCACUAACACGCUGGGAAUGGGUAGGCGAGGCGGUAACUAUCGAUUCUUGGGCCUGGGUGCAUUGUGUUCACUUCUUCUUCAGCUUGCAAGUAAUUUACUCCCUGGUCGUUCUGUUCCUAGUAACCUACCAGAAGAUACGAUCAGGCAAGCUCUGGUUGGGAGACCCUUUUGCGUCGCUUUCGACUGCAACUCUCGUUAUGCGGGGUGUAUUGGUGCUGAUCUCAUGGGCUAUGAACUCUUUCUGGUCCAUCAACGAGUUUGCAAUGUCGAGAGCCGCAAUGAUCACGGGCUCAUCACCUGUGUUGGUUCACAAGGAGCUGAUGCACGCCGACCUGUUUACCAUUUACUUUUGCUUGGUAGGCUUUAUGAGCGCCGUGGUUCGUGAGCGGAUUGACCCGACAUUUGCCACCCUGUUGUUCGAGAUGGUGCACCAGAAUCGGCAGAAGAUUAUUCACCUCUCUUCAGGGGUGAUAAGAGUGAUGUCGACCUAUUCUGAAGCGCAGUACAACAUUGGUAUUGCUAAGGUGACGCCCUUGCUCGCCGAAAUGUCACCGCUACGUCUGUGGUCUUCAUUUCAGCUCCCUGAAAAAAGUCCUAAAUUCCUCUCGGCAUCUUUCAGCCCGAUGAUAUUUCUCCUGUCUAGUGCUACGGUAUUCGCAAUUCUACGCAAGAUUUACCGUUUCUUUAGACCCGAUAAGAUUCACCAGAGGUCGAGUGUGAGCACAGACACGUCCGCAAACGAGAGGGCUGCGCAGGGGGGAACAGCCACCAACUUCGAGAUCUCGACUGGCGCCAUGCUUCAGACACGUUUCGGUCUCGUUUCUGACUACAACAAUUACGUUUUCUUCAAAGGCAUGAAGUUUGCGUCGGCAGACGGAGUCUAUUGCGCAGGAUACGUGAUCGUAAACGAAAAGUAUUUGGUGAGCUCGAAGGACCUGUUGGCGAUCGUGAUGAUCAAACUGUUGCGUGCCCGCUUCGCGAAUAUCUACGUGUAUGAGGUGCACGGCCACAAAGUGAAGGACACGGCUAGAUUGGUAUUCCCUGCAACGUUCAUGUGGUCUGACCUAUGGCGGUUGAACGUCACAGUGCUCCUUUGAGCUGAUACUAGAUAACGGCGAGGCAAUAGUAAAAUGAAUUAGAAUCCUACUUGUCUAGAGAUGGCUGCUUAAUGUUCAAUACCC